GUGUGUGUGUGUGUGUGUGUGUGUGUGUGUGUGUAUGUGUGUGUGUGUGUGUGUUUUGCAGGUGUGUCCGUUUUAAUUCUGCCCAGUAGGUGGGACUUGGUGACUUUAGCACCAUAUUUUCCUUUCCUUUUUUUUUUUUUCUUUUUCUUUUUUGCCUCCCCACCGUCUGUUGCAACCCUGCAAAGUCUCGGAGUCGGAGAGCGCGACUCGCUUCCCGAGCCCCCGGACCCCGCGAGCCGGCGAGCGCCGAGCCGGCCACCAUGCCAGGCAGACCGCGCCACUAGGCGCUCCCCGCGGCUCCCACCCGGCGGCGGCGGCGGCGGCGGCGGCGGCGGCGGCGGCGGCCGCGAUGGUUUCAGACGCUGAAGGAUUUUGCAUCUGAUCGCACGGCAUUUCAAAGGCAGAGGCCCCCCCUCCCCCUUCCCCCCUCCCUCGCCGUCUUUGUUUCCUUCCCCCCCAGCUCUCCCCACUCCCCCCACCCCACCCCCCUCUCCUCUCCUCCUCCUCUUUUUUAGAAGCCGCGAUCGGAGAUGGAUGUCUCUCUUUGCCCAGCCAAGUGUAGUUUCUGGCGGAUUUUCUUGCUGGGAAGCGUCUGGCUGGACUAUGUGGGCUCCGUGCUGGCUUGCCCUGCAAAUUGUGUCUGCAGCAAGACUGAGAUCAAUUGCCGGCGGCCGGACGAUGGGAACCUCUUCCCCCUUCUGGAAGGGCAGGAUUCAGGGAACAGCAAUGGGAACGCCAGCAUCAACAUCACAGACAUCUCAAGGAAUAUCACUUCCAUACACAUAGAGAACUGGCGAGGUCUGCACACGCUGAACGCCGUGGACAUGGAGCUCUACACAGGCCUCCAAAAGCUGACCAUUAAGAACUCAGGACUUCGGAGCAUCCAGCCCAGAGCCUUUGCCAAGAACCCCCACUUGCGCUAUAUAAACCUGUCGAGUAACCGGCUCACCACACUCUCAUGGCAGCUUUUCCAGAGGCUGAGUCUUCGGGAAUUGAGAUUGGAGCAGAACUUCUUCAACUGCAGCUGUGACAUCCGCUGGAUGCAACUGUGGCAGGAGCAGGGGGAAGCCAAGCUCAACAGCCAGCACCUCUACUGUAUCAAUGCCGACGGCUCCCAACUGCCCCUGUUCCGCAUGAAUAUCAGCCAGUGUGACCUUCCUGAGAUCAGUGUGAGCCACGUGAACCUGACCGUUCGAGAGGGUGACAACGCUGUCAUCACGUGCAACGGCUCUGGAUCACCUUUGCCCGAUGUAGACUGGAUAGUCACUGGACUGCAGUCCAUCAACACCCACCAGACAAAUCUGAACUGGACCAAUGUACAUGCCAUCAACCUGACCCUGGUCAACGUGACAAGCGAGGACAACGGCUUCACCCUGACGUGCAUUGCGGAGAACGUGGUGGGCAUGAGCAAUGCCAGUGUGGCCCUCACCGUGCACUACCCUCCGCGCGUGGUGAGCCUGGAGGAGCCGGAGCUGCGCCUGGAGCACUGCAUUGAGUUCGUAGUGCGUGGCAACCCGCCGCCCACGCUGCACUGGCUGCACAACGGACAGCCGCUGCGGGAGUCCAAGAUCACCCACGUGGAGUACUACCAGGAGGGCGAGCUGUCCGAGGGCUGCCUGCUCUUCAACAAGCCCACCCACUACAACAACGGCAACUAUACGCUCAUUGCCAAAAACCCGCUGGGCACAGCCAACCAGACCAUCAACGGCCACUUCCUCAAGGAGCCCUUCCCGGAGAGCACGGAUAACUUUGUCUCUAUUUAUGACGUGAGCCCCACGCCCAUCACUGUGACCCACAAACCGGAGGAAGACACUUUUGGGGUGUCCAUAGCGGUGGGACUUGCUGCUUUUGCCUGCGUCCUGUUGGUGGUUCUCUUUAUCAUGAUCAACAAGUAUGGUCGACGGUCCAAAUUUGGAAUGAAGGGGCCCGUGGCUGUCAUCAGUGGCGAAGAGGACUCAGCCAGCCCACUGCACCACAUCAACCAUGGCAUCACCACGCCCUCAUCGUUGGACGCUGGGCCGGACACGGUGGUCAUCGGCAUGACCCGCAUCCCGGUCAUUGAGAACCCCCAGUACUUCCGUCAGGGACACAACUGCCACAAGCCAGACACGUAUGUGCAGCACAUUAAGAGGAGGGACAUCGUCCUGAAGCGGGAACUGGGCGAGGGAGCCUUUGGGAAGGUCUUCCUGGCCGAGUGCUACAACCUCAGCCCGACCAAGGACAAGAUGCUCGUGGCCGUGAAGGCCCUGAAGGAUCCCACCCUGGCUGCCCGGAAGGAUUUCCAGAGGGAGGCUGAGCUGCUCACUAACCUGCAGCACGAGCACAUCGUCAAGUUCUAUGGGGUGUGUGGUGAUGGGGACCCGCUCAUCAUGGUCUUUGAGUACAUGAAGCAUGGAGACCUGAACAAGUUCCUCAGGGCCCAUGGGCCAGAUGCUAUGAUCCUUGUAGAUGGGCAGCCACGCCAGGCGAAAGGCGAGCUGGGGCUCUCCCAAAUGCUCCACAUCGCCAGUCAGAUCGCCUCAGGCAUGGUGUACCUGGCCUCCCAGCACUUCGUACACCGGGACCUGGCCACCAGGAACUGCCUGGUGGGAGCCAAUCUGCUGGUGAAGAUCGGGGACUUUGGCAUGUCCAGAGAUGUCUACAGCACCGAUUACUACAGGGAAGGGCCAUGCCAGAAGGGCCCGAUCAGCGUGUCAUGGCAGCGGCAGAGACUAGCAGCACCAGCAGCUUCCACACUCUUUAAUCCAUCUGGAAAUGAUUUUUGUAUAUGGUGUGAGGUGGGAGGACACACCAUGCUCCCCAUCCGUUGGAUGCCCCCUGAAAGCAUCAUGUACCGGAAGUUCACUACGGAGAGCGACGUGUGGAGCUUUGGGGUGAUCCUUUGGGAGAUCUUCACCUAUGGAAAGCAACCGUGGUUCCAGCUCUCAAACACAGAGGUCAUCGAGUGCAUCACUCAAGGUCGUGUGCUGGAGCGGCCCCGGGUCUGCCCCAAAGAGGUGUACGAUGUCAUGCUAGGGUGCUGGCAGAGGGAGCCCCAGCAGCGGCUGAACAUCAAGGAGAUCUACAAAGUCCUCCACGCUUUGGGGAAAGCUGCCCCCAUCUACCUGGACAUCCUCGGCUAGCGGCAGCUGGCGGUCACGGACGCAUACUCUGUGGCUUCCCUCUCCUGGCCUCACAUUGCCCCUCGUCCACCUCACACUCCUUUCUUCCAUCCUGACUGAAGCGAACAUCUUCAUAUAAACUCAAGUGCCUGCUACACGUACAACACUGAAAAAAAAAGUGAAAGAAAAAACCCUGUAAGGCAGUUUGGCGAAUAUAUAUAUAUAUAUAUUUAUAUAUCUAACUAUCUAUCUAUAUCCACAGAGAGAUACCUUCUCUAAUACAGAGAGAAACUGCUGAUACAGAAACCAUAAGACUGUAACAACAACUCAGAAAAUCUUAAAUCUUAUGAACACAAAUGGAAGUUCCCUUUGACUGAAGCUGGGGCCCGUGGUUCUCCGGCUCUGGCUUUUCGGGGCCGAAGACCUUGAUGACGCAGAGACGGUCUUUAAGCCGGGACGGGAGGAGAUGGGGUGCAGUGCGAAUCAGCGCCUGCACAGGUGCGCUACCCUCCCCUGCCCCCGAGGUCUGCACAGGCGCGUCGGCUGACCUCGUCCACUGCACUCAGGAGGCAGCAGGAAGUAACACCGGCCCCGGGGGCCUCUGGAAUGCCUCACGUCUCCACUGACUAUUGCUCCACGCCUUCCCCCUUUCCUCCACUUCAAGGCAAUUCUCCAAUUUGUCCGUUCUAGAAAGUAGAGUCCUGAUGCUUUUGGAAAUCAACGAGGGCGUCUACCACUAAACACUGGAAAAACGACGUGACCCAAAAUCAUGGUGACAAUGGACCACAUCCGUCUUGGGUGUAAACCAUGCUCAAGUUCCUUCCUCAGUUGGAAAGAGAUGUGCCAUCUAUUCUCUGAACAUCAAGAACUGGACGUUCUGGACUUAACCACAGAAGAAAAAGCUGAAAUUUGAACCCUCCAUGUCAAGGCACUGCCUCCCACCUUUUCCUCGCUGGAAAGACUCCUUGGCCUCACCUCCCACAUUCAGGCCUUUGGGGGAGUUUGGGGGCAUAGGGAACACCCCCCAUGUUGCCUGUGAAUGUGGACACAGCAGGCUUCCAAUAGCAGGAGACUUCGUUCCUCGUAGGUCAUUAUAAGAUGUGCCCCUCUGUGUCAUCUGUUUCUCGUCCUGCCUGCCCUAGAUCCUCAGCCCCGACCUUCUGGGCUUCUCGCAUGUCCCAGGGAAACCUCACUGCCAAGGAAGGAAGCCCGGACUAGCGACAGUGUGGGGCAGUGCUUAUUUCAGAGAGCGAGGCCGUAGACUGGGCAUGAGCCUGCAGGGGAGAAUCUAUUUGGCACCUGCACCGGCCCCUUGGCAUUCUCCUCACGUUUCCAGCCCCUGGAAGGAUUGAUGCAUCUGCCUCUGAGCUUGCUGUGAACGCUCAGGGGCUGAAAAAUCGCUUUUGUGGGCUGGGGUGGGGGAGGGGCCGAGGCUCCUCCGGGAGGCAUCCACCGUGUGGCCACGGCCACAGGCUUGGCAUCUUAAUGAGGACGGAGCCCUGACCAGGGAGAGAGAAUGAGGCUUCUGGGCUGGGGUCCUGGCCGCUGCUGUCGAGGCCUGUCACAGGGGCAGAUCCCUGGGCCUCCUGAACGCAUGACCACGAAAUGCCCCUGGAAGGCAACGGCCUGGCCCCAUGGAGCCCUCCUGCUGGAGAGAAGACAGGACCCUCUCAGCUCACCCCAAGCACAGAGCUCCCUAACAGACCGGCCUUCGCCCCCCGGGAGCCUCGGGGUGGGCAGGGGCCGGGGGGCUCUGGCCUGGGCCCUGCCCUACCAGCGUGAGGGGCUGUGGGUGGCUUGAACGGCCUGGUCAGCUGCAGCACGGGCAUCCCUGUGGGGUUCAGAACUAAAUCCUGUGUUUGUGGUUUUGCUUCCUUUUUUUUUUUUUUUUUUUUUUUUAAGACCAACAAAUGUUUUUAUUCAAAUAGAAAAGAGCUGUGUCAGGACUGCCAGCCUCAGUUGGGAGUCGGGGAAUCAGUGAGGCCACUCAGCUGGGCCGGGAGGGGACCCGGAGUUCGGUGUGGGUCUGGCGCUGUGCGGGCCUCCCAACCCUGAGGACUGUUGAGGAGAGCUUGGUGGAUCGACCACAUCAGAGGAACCCUUUGCUGUCCUAUGGCCAUUAUCCCACCUGUCUUUCUGCCUCAAGCCCUGGGUCUCUUCUGGGCCUGCUCUUGCAGGAUGAGCUAUGGAUGCAGUCUAGUGUUGAGCAAGGUGACUGAGGAAAAGCUGUCCAUGGAGGGAGGGCCUUGAGGGGGAAGGGUCUUCUGGUUAGAUGGGAGGCUCCAAGGCUCCUGUUGCUGCCAAAACAGACCCCAGAGAGUCUCCCCAGCACAGACCCUGCGUAGCUUCCAUCUCACAGGCUGUGUUUCUAGAACCUCACAGUCACUGAUAAGCUGGGAAGAUGGGGGCAUGGGAAGGGGUUGGAGGCCGGGGGCGGGGGCAGCUGGGAAUGAGGAACAGGCGAGGCUUUCGACACGGGGCGCUAAGGCAUCCCAGCCUAAGGGGAGAAGCUAGUUCCUUUGGGAAUAAGGAGCCGUGAAGGAGACCGAAGUCAGACUGCAUAGGCCCUCCACUGUGCUGGCCAUGGGGACACGUCUUGGUCACGUCCACUGUAAGCGGCUGCCUCUCUGAAGAGUAGAGGAACGAAGGGUGGCCGAGCAAGGGGGAGUAGAGAGGGAUCACCGGCUUUCUUCCUCCCUGGUUGUGCUCUCUGUGCAGAGUCUACGUGUCGACUUUAUGUCAAGGCGGGUAAAAGAAUAGGGUUUUGGAGGGUGAGGGAGGCAGAGAGGAGGAGCAGCCCAGGGCCCUGGGGGCAAGCAGGGGACAUUAUUCCUCCUGUGGUGGGAAGCGCUGUCUCAGUCUCCUGAGAAAUGAGAGGUGCCUCUUCAUCUCUGGUCGCUUCAGGGUCUGACAUGUUUCGAUUCUCCCAGUGCGGACUCACUGUGCUGUGUGGUUCUCCAUAGCACCCCGGGAGGCCAGGGGGGCCCUCCUCGGGGCAGCUGCCCCUGGGGGCUCGUGGGCCUGUGCACGCGUGGGUCCCGUGGGACAUUCCUCUCCUUCUUGGUGCCUCUGUCACCGUGCGAAGCGUCUGAGGUGACUUUCGGCCCACAGGGUGCAUUUGGUCUUGUUCCCCAUCCCCAGCCUCUUUGCAUACCCAGGAAGUGCUGGCCAAGGUCUGUUUAUCUAUUUAUUUUCAAAGCGCUUAAUGUGGUUAAAUGAGUCUUAAAAUGACAUCCCAUCAGCCAGUGUGGCCGCCCCAGUCCACCCCGCUCUCACACCUCCCCACCAAAAUUCACAGUUUAAAAAAACAUGCUAGAGCAGCUCUCAGGGUGUGGCUGGAUGCAGAUGCCACCUUCCCCCCCCCCACCCCGGUGAACUUUGCAGGGAGCUCCACGUCACCCAGACUGACCUCCCAGCCAUGUCAUCCUCACCUGAUCCCCUCCUGGACCGAGUGACAGUGGCCUGCUUGUGGAGGCCACUUGGAGUAGAGAGGCAUGGCCAAGGGUCUUCCCCAUUCUUGACUUUGGACAUGAACCAGAUGCUGCCCUCUUAUCAUAUCCCUGGCCCCUGAGUGGGUCUUGAGACUCACUAAGCCUUCUCUUGCUAACAGACGAGGACUUGUGUUCCUUCACUCAGCAGAUGAUGGACAGAUAGAUCAUCCCUGAAGUGAGGCUUCCCACUGGAGGCAAAGGAGGCUUGGGCCUCCUGGUUGAACCUUACCAUUCUUCUCUAGUGAUGCUUACUUUGUGGAAUAUACUAGUGCAAAUAUUUCUGGUGCUAAAUACUACAGAAAUCAACACUAACAGGAGAGCUGACAGCCAGCUUCUGGGGCUGCAUGAGACUCCCCUGGAAAGUGUCCCUACAUGCUGGGACAGUAGAGGAUGCCUGGGAGCUGGGGUGGGAGCAUGCAGUGGUGUGGAAAGCCUGUUGGGCUUUGCUUCUGGUUACCCAGGUACCUUGGCCAGGUCCCUGAAUCAGAGUAUCAGAUUUCUCAUCUGAGACAUUUAAGAGGUUAGAAUAGAUAUCCUUAGGGUCCCUCUCAGUUUAAAAAAAAAAAAAGUCUGUUCUGGUCCCACCUUUUUGUUUUGUUUACUUGCUUAUUAGAAAUAAGAGAGAAAAUGAAAGGCAGGUAAAGAAGGGGGGGAGGGAAAGUCACCGAGGGCAAGAAACUGAUUAUAGAAGGCAAACAGGGAAGACUCCAUGACUGUUAAGUUGGAGGGAGGUUGAUGGGGGGAGCCAGGCCCACCAGCUCUCCAGCCGCGGCCCGGUCCCCGAGGCUGACUUCCACAGGCUCUCCUCCUCAGCUUGCUGGCUUCUCCAUUUAACACUGACAUGCCCUAAGCUGGCAGAAAGGAUCCCAAGAUAGGGAGACAGGCCCGCCCCCCGCUCGUGCAGACUGCUGGCAGUCUGAUUUCAAAACCCGACAGAUGUUUCUCCUCACGUGCUAUUUCAAGGGGUAGGAAGUUGGAAAGAGGGCAGCAUUUUAAGUUGUGGACUCUUCACCAAAGUCCUUUUCCCUUCCGGGAUGCUGAAUGGUGUCCUUGCUCCUCUUUCCCAAGCCAAACAGCAGCAGUAUUAUUUAUCGGAGGUGUGGUUAUUGAAGAAGGCAAUCUUGGGCUUUGGGAUCACGCCUGUGCUUCGCUUAGAGUCUGGAGCAAAGAAACAUCUAUAGUUCUUGGUUGAAUGAGCCCCUGUACCCACGGUCUAGAGGACUGCCCUCAAAUGCCCCUGGGUUUGGCCAUUGUCAGCUCUGCCGGAGCCGACCAGCUUGAAUAUUGGAUGGCAUUUGUCUUAGAGCAAGAAAUGGCACCUUCAGCCCAGGGCUUGGUGCUGUAGCCACAUUGUUUUUGGUCCCUGGUGCGCCAGACUUUCCUUUGAUACCAAAUAAAAUGUUUUGGCCAACACUUACUAGGUUUUAAAGGGAAAUUCCAAGUAUUUGUAUCAUUUUUAAGGUAUCAAUAUAGACUCCAGAAAAUGUUUUGGGAUUGCUGAACAGUACUGGUAGCAUCAUCCGAGGGGAAAUGUAGGCCCCUAUAUAUUGUAUGCUUGUAUCUUUAUCUUUAAUUGGACUGGCUUCAUUGAAAGUCUGCUUGGAUACCUUGAUGCUUGGUCUCUUUGAGCCUUACAUUCCUCGGGGAUGAGAUAUCCAGAGAUGGCCUGGCUUAAGAGAGCCCAUCAGAGAGAUGCUAUUGGGAAAUAGGUCAUCUUGUAAAAUUUGAUCGUUGGGUGCUCCCUGAAUCAAAUUAUGCUGGUGAAAACAUUCUGGACAUCUGAAAAUCUCUCCUCCUGGCAGUCUGAUAGAUGGCCAUGCAGGAAUGAUUUCUACCACACCCCGUUUGGGGGUCGGCAUUGAAUUCACCUGGACUGCAGGUACAACCACCUCCUAGGAUGGAUGGGACAGAGAGAAUGUGAGAUGUUGAUAAUACUCUUUUGGAAAGGUGACUGUGGUGGAUGUGGUGAACAUUUGUGUCACUAUUUGGGGGGUUAGGCCUUUUGCUGUGAGCAUAGGCUGUUCCACCCUAAGGAUCUGGAUCUUGGCUUCUGAUAGAGUCUCUGUUUCCCUGGUGCAAUCUCCUCAAGCAUAGUUUCUUUAACCGACCUCCACAAUUCUAUACUUUGCAACAAGAGACGUCUCUCGCCCAAGUCUCGGCAUGCCAACAUAGACAGUUUCCGAUUUCACAAGGAGAUCUGUGAAGAUUGAGGGUCCCCUCAAAAUACUUGGAAUUCUUGAUCAGAAUAAUAAAAUUCGGAUUCUCCUUCCUCUUUAGCUAACUAAGUUCCAAAUUUAAAACAAGGUCCGGUUUGAUAUUUGCAGUAGGGAUGAUGUCUUAACCCAGUGUGUUGAGCUAUUUCCCGUCAUACAGAGGCAGGACAGUAAGCUCUGUUAAUUUUUUCUAAUCACCAAGGUAAUCAUCACUUUGUGUGCAGUGCCAUGGCCCAAACUUGUAGCUUGCAAGAGAUACUCAUGGCCAACAAAGCUAGAAGUUUCUAGAUGUAACAAGAUAACACAGAUCUGAGUCAAAACCUAUUCAGCAUCUAUUUCUGAGAAGUGCCUUGGCACUCAGGAGUCUUGCUUUUCGGCUUGACAUAUUUUGAGAAGAGUUGGUUUCUUCUCACUUUAGACGAUGGCCAAUUUAGAUGUCCUUCCCCAAAGUCCAAAGGAAGAUCGAGAGCCCAGAUAUCCACUGUAUUCUCUGACAUUCUUUUGGAUGCAUUUUCCCAAAAGUCCAAUGGGAAAUGUAAGUACUCAAGUCUAGGUCUGGUAGUUAUUCUUUCACUUAAGAAGAGUAUAUACUCAAAUGAAUAGCUCCCUUCAAUGUUGUGUUUCUUCCUCGGAGAACUCUCUAUGCUCUAUCUCCACUUAACAGCUAUGUGACAUUCAGCCCAUGCCUCUGAGCCCACCUCUGGAGUGAAUAAAUAAACCUGGUCCAGGUGAUUUGAUUUCUGCUUUCUGCAGAAGAGAAGUAAAUCUCAGUCAAGAAGAUUUUCUUUCACUUUUAUGCUUUUUAUGUUUUCUUUCUUUUUUUUUUUUUCCUUUUGGCUCUAUCCACUUGCUUCCAUAGGACUGACAUUCCAGCUUCUCAAACUCCAUAAGUCUUAAUGUGAGGUGAACUCCAGGACUACGAAUGGUUAGGACUUCAAACAGUGAGAAAAUUGGCGCUGAAUGAUUCGGCACACAAAGCAGAAAACCUUCAUUUCCUGCAGGCAGGAUGGAAUUGACUGUUAUAUUAAGACUUGUGAAGGAGCCCUGCCCCGGAGUAAUUUUGGUGCUGUCAGACAACGUUGACAUCUAGAUUAACCUCUGUGCAGUGAAGUUUACUGCAAAACUCGUUGAGAUGCAAGUGUUGUAUCUCCACAAAUCCCAUCUGGAACUCUCGGUGGCCCACCCUCAGCAAACCCCCAUCCCUUCUCCACCCACUGCUCACUCCAUCCAUGAACUUUUAGUCUCCAGGAGCAGAGAAGCCAGGACUGGGAUCUGACCUCAGGAGAGGGAGUUUUCGACCUUUCUGUGACCACAGUGCUGAGCCAGACUUUCUGCUCAGUGGGAGUGACAGUGGAUGUCACUGUCUUGGUUUUCCCUGGGGGAACUGCACAUCAAGGCAUGAAAGCUACUCUGCUGAUGACAAACAGCUUUGCAGCAUAUCUCGAUGCUGCACAAAGUGAAAUGGUUUAUAAAGAAUUAGUGCACCCUGCAUCAGUGAGCCCUGCUCUGCUCCCCUCCCUCCUCCAGUCCAGCAAAUCUAGGUGUGGGUGCAACAGAUUAGGAUUGUAUCCAGGUGGCCAGGGCUGGGGUGGUGGUGGUGGUGGGGUUCUAAUGGACAAAGGACUUGCCCUGGGUCUCUGCAGGUGUUUCCUAUGUUCUUUAUGAGAGAGGCAGUCCCAGCUCCUUCUUCUCCUGGUUGGGACAGAGUGUGUAUCUGUUGUCUAAGCCCUGGCUUGUCAGCUCUCUCCUUAUGGGGUGGUGGGCUCCAGCGGGACCCAAACCCUUCAGCCAGUGGAAACCUCAAAGCUGAAAUGACAACUUCUCUACAAAUGAAGGCUAUUAAUUACAUCAAAAGUCUUGAGAAAAGCUGUUCCCAUAUAUUCAGACUCCUCCACCUUCAGACUCCUUAGAGAGGCUCUGCAUCAUCACAAGUGUCUUGGGAAGCUUACCUCGGGGUUUGAGAAUACCGUGAAGUCCAGAGAACAUAUUUCUCUGGGGUUUUCUUGAUUCUGAUUUUCUCUGAAAUUGUUUUUCCUACUUUGCCUCUUGCCUUGAAUAUGAGUAACAAUCUCCUUGUAUGUUCUUAGAUAUUUCUUUAGGCGAAAUGAAAGCUUCCAGCUCAAGGACAUUAUGGUUGUUGACUGGGAAAAAUAGAUUUCUGGGCCAAAUAAUGUCACAGUCAUCUAGAGGCAAGCCUGAUGACUUUAUUUAAAAGCAAUUAUAAGUGUUGUGUUUUGUUCUAAUGCUCAAGUUUUCAUAGUGCAAAUGAUAUUCCUCUUUCAUUUUCAUUAGUUACCAUACUUGUGUACACGCUUACAUCUGCACACCCCCCCAACAUGCAAAUGCAUCUAUAUUCCUCUUGCUCCAAUAUGCUCCAACAAGCCAAUGUGACCUUUGUGUUUCUUCCACUGAGCCUGUGUGCAUGUGUGUGCAAAUAUGUGUACUCCCGGCAUGUGGUUUCUUAAACUUAUAUAUAGCUCCUCUCUUUUCUUAAAUAUCACACAGCCUUUGAUUUUCUCCACUAGGGAUCAUUUAUGGAGUUAGGGUUUUUUCAAAGGAGGCUAAAUCCUAACUUUUCAGAACCUUCAUAUUUAAAGGCUGGAGUAGUUUUCUCAGAGAAACACAAAACCAAACCAAACCUUGGUGUGGAUUUUAUUUAAUUAACUUUGGGGGUGGGGGUGGAGAAGCACUGAAUUUUGGCUUGAAGAAUACAUGCUAAGUACAGGUACCAAUGUGAACUAGUUCCAGCAGAUUCCUGAAGCUAUCUUGGAGCUGAAGCAAUUAGGUAGAAAGCUCAAACAUUCAGAUUGAAUCAGAACUUGAUGGGAAGGGGUCCGAUUUUCCCUGGGAAGGUUAGAUGUUCCGCAGGACAUGGAAGGCGUCCCGGGUCAGAAGUGAGCAGGCUGAACUGGGUAUUAUUUGGUGGGUGACUGUGCACAAGUCACCUCAAUUAUCCAUCCCAAGGUGGAAGUGUCCUUAGUAAAAUGGGGCAGCUGGCCACUAGUUGCAGACUAGCCCCUUCUCUGGUUCCAGUGACCGGGCAAGCUGGUCUACUUCACCCACUGCUCCGACCAGCCAUCAGAAGAUAAAGCAUACUUUCUCAAGUCUCCUUGAGUACAAGUGUGCACACCUCCCACCCUACAGAGUCACCCCCCCUUCCCAUCUUGUAGUCAGUUCAUCUCUUGCACCUGCCGUGGAAAGCCGUCCAAACUCUGAACUCCUCUGGUCCUUCUGUUGUCCCCCACUCCACCCUUUAAAGGCUGGCUUUUAUCUCUGAAAAGUCAGGGGAAGCCCUCUGGGCGCAUCUCCCUCUUUCCUAGCUUGAGCAUCAGCCCCACUUGUGAUGGAGCCCGGGUUUCUGGAGAAGAAAACAGUGUGCUCUCGCAGCCAUCCCUCAGUCUUUUUCCAGCUCCGUGGACCAAGUGAUUAGCUCCUCAUUAGCACCUCAUCAGUUGCUCUUGCACAGCAGACUCUGGGACAACAAGCCUAUUAGAAGUCAUCCCUUCCUUCCGGCUGGGUUGGGAAAGGAGAGCCUGCUACAAACGGCUUUUCCUUCUAAUUUCUCUGGCUCUUUUUUUUCUGGCUGUUAAGUGUACUGAUAAAUGAUAAACCAUGGUUUUCUUUUUUGUUUUCAAGGAGCAUCACAUGUCAGCAAAGUGUUUAUUUAUUUAGUGGAGUGGCUAUAAUAUUGACACAAAGAUUUGCAGCAUCUAAAUCUUGAGGGGGAUAAGAGGCUUUUUUCUAUCAAAUGAGAUCUUUACUGUGAUAGCACAAGAAAGGUUUAUACCAUAAGAACAGAAAUGAACCUGAGAACACACUCUCUUCUUUCGGGAACAAUGAAGUAGAAGGAAUCACCAGAGAAAUCACCGGGACACUAGAUCCUCUAUUCCACAGAUCAUUAUGUAUCAAUAGAUGCUUCAACUCUGUCCUUGACAUGGCUCUGAAAACACAAUAAUGAACUACGAUUGACUAUCCACAUUUACUAUUAAGAACAAAUUCAUCAUGUCUACCCCAACCCCUAUUUUUAAAAAAUACAUAAUUUUUUUCAUAACUCUGGGGAUGGUUCAGUAUUGUUGUUUCUUUUCUUUUCUUAUCCUUCUAAUAUUUUCAAUGCAAUUUCUAAUGGUUUUCACUUUUAUUUCUUUAGGAAAGACAGGUCUAUUUUAAAUACUGUCUAUGAUCAAAUGGCAAGUGAGGUGGAGGGAUAUGCUCAGCCUAGGAGACAGUAGACCUCUGAGCUCUGCUUCCUGCUGAAAAACAUUAUCCCUUCUGUACAUCAGUUUCUUAGUCAACAACAACAAAAAGCUGCUACCAACCCCCUUCCUGUCACAGAGGGUUCUAGUAAGCACACAAUGAGGUCAUAGCUGUCAAAGUGCUCUGUGAGCACCACAGGACCCCUCGAAUAGGUAGACCCCACUCUCUGGCAGUGAGUGUUGCAAAUAGGCUUGCUGGUACUGAGCUGUGAGCUGCUCUGGAAUGUGUCUUGUUUUGAGGUGCACAAGCAGCUUUUCCUUCAAAUUUCUUAAAUCCCCCCUGCAGUUUAGUUUCUAGAUUAUAGCACUGGUGUGUUCCUCUAUGAGUGGCCAUCGAGCAUGAGAGGUGGUGAAUACCUUUACAGAAAUACAAGCAGAAAGAGGAUGGUUUGCCCAUUUGGCUUUGUCACCGAAGAAGGAUUGUUGGUAGGUUUUGUUUUUAAGCCUGGAACGCUGAACAUUUUAUAGCAAAAUGGCAUCUCCUGCUGCAUUUAACUCCGUAUCAUCCAUUGUUGAUUUUAUGAGAUUCUGUAGAUUUAAAUGUAGUGUUUUUUAACUGAAGACUAUAUGAAGCUUCCUUUAUAAAUUGGGUGGUAAAACUAAUCUUGCAGGAAGCACCCGAAAUGAUAAUGAUCCUGAAGCGGUAUUACGUUCAUUUUGGGGCCAGCAUUUUGUACAUGGGAAAAUAACCUUAAGAUGGAAUGAACUGCUUGAGUGAAGACCAAAUGCUAAACCACACUUCUGAUAGCCUUGAGCACCAACAAAUAAGUGUGAGUGGGAUUCCCACUGAGAAAUGCAUCUGGUUGAAAAUGAACCUCCCCCCUCCCAACAGUAAAUCCAGAGACCAGAUUGCCGAGGUUACAACAGUGAAGUCAUUUACAGCCCCUAAAAAAAUCCCAGGUGUUUGCAACAUCAGCCGCUAUUUUAAGUACCUUGCAAUGGUGACUACUUGGCAAGUUGAAUCUUUAGAGUGUGAUAUCCUUUAGAUCUUCAAGCCACAACCAGGUGUGAUAUAACUGAGAGCUGUGUGUGAUUUAAAAAAAAAAGAAAGAAAGAAAGAGAAAGGUUUUGCUCACUCUGGAGAGGAAUCAGAAUAAAACCGAGUACCUGAAAUCCUAACAAAUCCACACAUACUUUGCUCAAGUUUAGGCUUCUCUUUUCUCUUUUUACCUUGAGCUCAAUUUUUGUUUGUUUUAUAUAGAAAAACCACAUCUCCAUGCUGGAACUCUGUGCAGAUGAUUUUCUCCCUGGAGCUGUCCAGCAGACAGAGAACAUUUCAGCUUUCUUUGAAAUGAGAGUCCAAAUUGGGUUAUGACUAGGAUUUUAAAUUAUGGUGUGAAAUUGGAGAAGGCAAACUGGUUCAGGGCAGUGUUCCAUAAUUCAUUCUGAUAAUCCUGAAGAGAUGACCUCCACAGUACUGUGAAGGCCUGCCUCGAACAAGCCAUUUCAGUGUGUAACUUCCUAGUGACAAGGCUGAUUACUUAAGGAUUUUCAGAGGUAUUGUUCGAGAAAUAACUCACUGGAUAUGGAAAAUUUGAUGUAAUAUGUUAACAAGAACAAGAAGAACCUAUUUUAAUUUUUUUUUUUUUACUUUCCUCUCUCUGAGAAUUUAGACUUUCUUGGGGGCCAUUGGAAUAUUUCCUUUUUAAGGCUGGAAAAGAUUGAUUAUAGUUCAUGUCUGAAAGCAAAGUUUACCCCAAGCCCAGUGUAGUUGGAGGCAACCAAAAAUGACCCAUGUUAAUUUUCUAUGGCCCCACAGAAUCAAAGACACUUCUUGUUUAUGUGUGUGGACCAUAGCGGGUGAGCUCAAGGGCAUUGUCAAAAUGCAAUGAAAAGAAAGCAAGUUGGGACAAGAAAACUCUCACUUUGUGAGAGAAAACAGCAGUCCUGCUUUCUCUGGCAAAGAUUUGUGUACUGUUAAAGGAAGAAUCAUGUUCUUUCUCAAGUAGGUUUCACUUUCUGAGAUGGUGUGUGUGUGUGUGUGUGUGUGUGUGUGUGUGUGUGUGUGUGUUGGCUGAAAGGGGGGUGUAUGGCCAGUUAAGAAGUAGUUAUGAUUAUGAGUUUAGAACUUCUCUUGAGCAUAGUAAAAGCUCUGUUCAGUUUCUCAGAAUAUGACACUAAAAUUAGGGGUGGGGAGGAAUUCAGGAACCGAUGUUCCAGUGUGUGGUAAAGUUUUACCCAAAUAUUUCCUUCAGGAACUUUUAAUCACAGCAAGCCAAAUCAAUCCCGUGUCUGUAAUUAGUAUCAGGAAAAAGAAGUCAGCAGACAAUUUCUGCAGUCCCUCAUGCUGCAUCCAUUUGUAGGCUUCUUUUCUGAGAGCUGGGGGUCCUUGAAUCACAUGAGGGAAUAUGCUAGUAGGGACUGAAUGGGAAGGUAGUUUGGAUGAGCUUCCCCACCAAUAUUAUGGCAAUGCAUUAACUCUGUCCUGCAGGAAAACUAGGGUCACUUCAGGGCUACUUUCAUUUAAAAUGGCAUAAAAAGGGACACUCAAAACAUAUUUGGGGACCCACCACCUAAAGUCAGCCUCUGCUGAAAGAGUUUUCGCUUUGAUGAAGGCCCAAUUUCGGGCCUGCCAUUGAUUCCUGGGUAUCUGAUUUCAGCACCAGGGACAGCAAACACCUCCCUCAAUUGAACCAACGCCUUCUAUCCUGAUUGGCCUUCCAAGCAAGGAAGGCUAGGUUUUUCCUUUACUUCUUAUCCACUGGGGCCUCAAUCUGCAAGACUUUAUUCUUAAGUUCUGGUGCUUACAUCUUUUAUUUAGUUCUGAGCCUAGUGGCUUAGCUGUUUCUGUCACAUUCUCGACUUGCUAACAAAUGAUGGGGGUUGGACUAACACAGCCAAGUCUCCUGGCUCAGAGGAGUAGAAAGAAAGACACUUAGACGUGAGUGGAGGGCACGCUUUGGCAGAGGAAGCCCCUGUGGAAAAUCUUCACGUAGCACCGUUGACUUGGAAAGUCCCACGUGGGGGACUGAUAAUUGGCAAUUCCUUCCUUUUUUAAAAAAUGUCUGCACAGUUCCCACGAUGUACGAGUCUAUGUUUCAUUCUGUGUGCAUUGUAGGCAAUAUUUCACAGGAGUCGAACAGAAGCUAUGACCUUUGGGGACAGAAAAGGGGGCAGGGAUGCUGUUGGUAGGCAUUUUGGAGACCCAGGGCGGGGCACUGCUUUGAAUGUCAGCAGCCGCCCUUCCGUCCUGAGUCCUAUUCAGCAUCUGACUUUACCUUUAAGACUGCAAAUGGCUUCUUAAAGCCUUCAUCAGGCCAGACUGAAGGGGUGCCCUGGGAAAAUGAGCAUAAUAGAAGCAAAUGCUUUCCCUUUGUGUUGUGAUUGGCCAGCUGUCAUUUAGCACAGUAGUGCAUAGACUUGUCUUAGAGGUAGCAUUGUCUUCUCUUAACUAACAAGCUGUGUCCUCCUCACUUUUAUCAGGAUGGCUUCAGGGCUGGAAAAACAAGACAGUGACUGCAGAUUUCAUCUUAAACACUGUCUUCUAUUUCACAGAUGUUAAAUAAAUUCCAUUUCAAUUGCCUCUGGACCAUCCAAGGCUCUUAACACUCCCCCAGUACCCUCUUUUCUAUUCCUCCCCCCGCCACCUUCAGUGUUGCUUAUCAUAAUUCAUAACAUUUAGUGGUCUAUGACCAUAACAGAUUCUUUUUAGGGUAAACCAAGUGGUAGAUAGCAGCAAUCUAGAGCCAAUUCUCACAGGAACAAGUUCAAAGAAACUGAUUUUUAACCUUGCAGUGGGUCUGAGGAGAAGCCAUCGUUCCCCUCCAUGACUUGUCCUCUUGAGGGUGUCCCAAUCCAGUGCUCACACUUGCCAUGCAAAAAAGGCAGAGUCAAUUCUCUAUUCGAGUCAUUUAGGAUGGAGGAGCUUUGUUUUGUAUUGAAAUCAAGGAUCAAUCUUAGUUUAGAAAGAAUGUGUAAAUGAAAGACCAACAGCUAUAGGAAAGCUCGAUAAGAGAAAUUUUCUUUCCUUAAAACAGAGAGGAAGGAGUUGCAGAUUGGUGGGAAAUAGAUGAUCCACUGGCCAGAGAGAAAUGUAGUCUGAGACUGGAGAUACAGAAGCAGACAUCUUUAGAGGUAGAGGUGAUGCCAAUGAAAGCCUCAGGAGGGAACAGGCCAGAGAAUAAAAUUGUAUGGAGGUUCUUGGUACUUUUUUCUGGAAAAUUCCUACAACAUUCAAGGGCACUUCUAGCCCUCUGCCUACUUAGAGGUGAGCUCAGUGCUACUUCUGGGUUCUUAAGGCAAUUGCCCUACAAACACCAAAGUCUUGUAUUUUCCACUGUCAGUCAACACUGGUUGUCUUGAGUGGGAUUAUUUCCCUCUUCCCUAUGUGAAAGGGACUUGUUUUCAGGAGAAGUGUCCUUUAAACAUCCAGCUAAAACUGGAGGUAAUUUUUUGCAUGAAUGGCUUUUUACAGCUAGGUCUAAAGCAGAACAAAACUUGUAUUAAACUAAGUGCUACUUUACAUAUCUUAUUUCAAGGGAAAUGAAGGAUUUAUUGCCAUGUAAAUGAUGUACACUGAUUUGUUUCCUACUGGACAUUACAUGUCCCUUUAUCUUUAGGCUGAUGUUGUGCAGCAAACUUUCAAUAUCUGGAAAAUCAGCUGGUACCUACUUUAGUGCACUAGUAGGAUGUUAUAUUCUCAGAGAAGAAUUUUGCAAAUGAAGUUUGGGUGCUGCUAUAGCUGAUUUUCACCUCUAUCCCUAAGCUUUCUGUACUAAAUAUAUGUAAAGUGAUUAUAUCUUGUCUGAUCCCAUGUGUUUGUGUGUGUUUCCCAAUGUUUAUAUAAAUAUAUUGGCCAUCUGAGGCAUUACUUGGAUUAUGGCAACUGCUGACAGUGGUGUGGAUGGCAUGUGGACAUGUGGUACAUGCACACACUUGUUCUGAGGCCAAGCUAAUCUUACAGAGUUUAGGGGGGAAAAUGUGGCAUGGCUUGGGAAAUGUUCAACAGUAGCUAUAGUACAGCCAAGCCACCAUUCAUGGUGGAGACCUUGACAGUGGCAGAGCUGAGGUGUGCUCAACUGGAUUUUACAUCAUUUAUUUUAAUCUCAAUGGAUUGUUCCUUAGUUCUAUUUAAUGACUUAGAAAUAUUCCAUCAUGAUCCUUGUUUAUUUUUUUCCCCAGGCCACUGGAAAGUGCUGAUCAUGCUUAUUUCCCAUCAUUUGGAUCCCAAAGUUGUUAACUUAAAAUGGGUGACUGAGGUUUUAGUAAACUGGGUUUUACUAAUAGUAACCCCUUCCAUGAGGUACUAUUUUUUUCCAUUCUUUUCCUUUAUGACAAAUAAAUCCAUCAGCUGUGCUAAAUUUAUUUGCAUCCUAGCAAGUCUUGGAGAAUCAAUUUACUUAAAAUGAUUGUAUUUGUCUUUACAGAAGAGGCUCAUGGUCUAAAUAUAAUUCUUAUGUAAAAGUGUCUUUUAUGCAAAAAAUAUGGAUUCUAACUUGGUAAGAUGGCCCCAGGGUAGGGGGGAUGUGUUCUCAGUUGAUAUUAAGGGAUGUGUUGAAAAGGCAAGUGCCCUCCCUUUCUCUAUUUCCCACCCCACCCUACUUUCCUCCCCAACCUCAAAAGAAAACAGAAAAUUAUUUUUUUAAAUUGUAUUAAUAAUUUAUGUUUAAUACAAAAGGAUGAUUUAAUGGUAUCACCAAAGGUCAUUUCUCCCAUUGUGCAUGUCCUUCACUCAGCUCCGUACCCAUCAACCCAUUCUUCACCCUCAUGCUUCCAUCCCAAGGCAAACAUGUGUCUUCAUUAGAAUCUAUCAGUGUUGAAGUUAAACGUGGGGGCGGAGAUUUAACACGAUGACAUUAAUGAAAACCAACCAUUCUUCACUUUCAAAUGGUUAAUUGCUACAAGAAGGCAAACUCUUUUCUUGGUUUUUGUUUAAAAACAUUUUAUACAUAUAUAUGUAUAUAUGUGUGUGUAUGUAUGGACAUAUGUAUGUAUAUGCACAUGUACAUGUAUAUAUGUAUAUAUCCAUCUCCAAUAUAAAUAUAUCAUAUGUGAUAGUUGUAAAUACUUCUUGGUCAUAUGUCUGUCUUCCUCACGGUAUCAUAUCUUCAAUGUUAUGUUAACGACUCCAUUUAUUGAUUGAUGAAAUCGUGUGUAGACCUGUAUCCUCCUGACAUAGUUUAUGUAGGGUCUCUUCUCAAAUAAAGU